AGCCGUAACACGUUACACUUCCACGCUAGACGGCUCCACCAAAACAACCUCGAGCCAGCGACUCCCACGUCCACGGAGACCGGCACCGGCCGACGCCGACGCAGCGCUCGCCGAGUUGCCGCCAUGGCGGGAAGGCUGGUCUCCAUGCUCCGGUGGCCGCCAGACCUCGGGGGCCUCCCUAGCCAGCUGGCCGCCCUGCUGCCGUCGCCACCGUCGCCGACGUCAUACGCGUCCCUCCAGUGGGACUGGCGGCCGGAGCAGCUCGGCGCGGCUAUUCGGCGGUGGCCCGAGCUCCUGCCGGACGUGCCCCUCGUCGUGGACGCCGUGCUCUGGGGCGUCGUCACGGCCGUCGAGUCCGUCGCGCUCAUCUCCAUGAUGUGCUGCUUCUUCCUCUUCUGCGGCUGCACGCUGUGACGGUCAUAGUCAUACCGACGGCGGAAGGAUGCAGCUAAUUAAGCUAGUACUACUAGCCACUAUGUACGGUUAGCCUUUUGAUUUCUUUGUCACCAUGCGCAUGCUGUGUUCAUCAUUCGUUGAUUCUGCCAAGACAUAAGACAUUGGCAUGGAUAUGCUCUAGUAGUACUAAUCUGGGAAGUACUACUGUAUCUGUAUCUUUUAACGUAGCAAGCGUUAGUUGAAUUGUGA